AUGCAUUUUAAUUUAUUGGCAUUUAUAUUGUGGCUACUUGCACUAGCAUACACAGCAAACCCAAUCAAGAUCCUCGGGAUUUUCCCGUACGAUAGAAAGAGCCACUUCAUUGUCUUCAAAGUUCUGCUUCAAGAACUAGCGCGAAGAGGACAUGACGUUACUAUCAUAUCACACUUUCCAGAAGAAAACCCACCGAAGAAUUACCACGAUAUCAGCCUAUUCAUACCAAAAGAAAGCAAAAGUAGACGAAGAAGAUCUGCAUCUACAUUGGAAAGAUCAUAUCUGAACGUUAUCAAAGGUGGAAUAUACUUGACAAGAGGUGGUAAUGAGAACUGUAAAGUGCUAGUCGCUAACGAGGAAGUGCAAGGUCUUAUUAACAGAACGGAAUAUUACGAUGUUGCGUUAAUCGAACAAUUUAAUAGUGACUGUGCAUUGGGACUGGCAUACAAACUAAGUGCACCAGUAGUUGGAGUGACCACGCAUGUGUUGAUGCCAUGGCAUUAUAAAAGGUUUGGGGUCCCUUACAAUCCCUCUUAUACAUCUUUCCGCUUUCUAGAAGGCGGAACGAAGCCAACUCUAUAUCAAAGAGUUGAACGUGCAGUGUUUGAUGUGUAUUUCAAGUUGUUAUAUUAUUAUAUAGCUCAAAGAGCAGAUGAAAGGACGUUAGCAGAAUACUAUGAUGAUAUACCACCGUUGGAAAAUUUAGCUCGUGAUAUAAAGUUUUUGCUGUUAGACCAACACUUUGUUUUGACGGGAUCGAGUCUCUAUCCACCGAAUGUGAUAGAAAUCGGUGGCUUUCACGUCCCGAAACCCAACAGAUUGUCUGGAGACCUAAAAAACUUUGUGGAAGAAGCCGAACAUGGCGUGAUAUACAUAAGUUUCGGCACAACCGUGAGACUUUCCUUGAUGACCCUACAAAAACUAGAAGCCAUUUUAGAUGCUAUUGAAAUAUUGCCUCAACGCUUCAUUUGGAGAUGGAGCAAGGAAGCAUCACUGACGAUGGAACCGUUCAACCAGCUAGGCCCAAAACAUCUAGCAUUGUUAGCAGAUAAAAAUAAAACUUAUAUCAGAAAUUGGCUCCCGCAAGUUGACAUUUUGAGUCAUCCGAAAGUACUAGCGUUUUUCUCUCACGCUGGUAUGGGUGGUACGACUGAAGCCAUACAUUUUGGAGUGCCCGUUGUGGCAAUGCCAAUAGCUGGAGAUCAGCCAGCAAACGCAGCAGCCAUCGAAGAAAGUGGAUUCGGAGUACAACAACCAGUCAAUGAACUGACUAAAGAGACCUUGAUUAGUAAUUUUAGAAAAGUUUUGGAGCCUGAAUUCCGUGAAAAAGUGAAGCUACGCUCAAAGGCUUGGCAUGACCGUCCACUCUCUCCCAUGGACGCAGCGGUUUACUGGAUCGAGUAUGCAGCUCGUAAUCGGAACUUUACCUUGAGAACACCUGCUGCUGAUGUUCCACUCUACCAGUACAUCAAUCUGGACAUUGCUCUGGUCGUGGCAGCAUUUGUCACUGGAGUGACUUUGCUGAUUAUAGCGUUAAGGUUAUCCAUCAAAUCAAUGACUAAGAAACCGCUCAGUGAUAAGAAAAGAAUGUGAAAAACCAA